AUGACUGAUUUGGGUAUGCGUUUCUACACAGACUUCGAACUAUACAAAGAAAGCACAGGUGUUCCUCAAUCUAUUGACCUUCCUGAUGCAACUGGUAUAUCAGCUUUACCGACAUCCCAUUUCGGUGCAUACAUGGAAUCUUUCACACCAAGCUUUCAAGAAUCUUCAUAUGAAUCACUUGAUUUCCAUAAGGGUUCGUUUUCAUUUACAGAGGUCGCUGAAUCUUUAGAUUCGGAUGGCUCAUUUCUUUACAUCCAAGACUCCCCACCAGAACAAUCGACAAACCGUAAUACCGGCAGCUUAGAUACACCACAAAUUAGUCUCUUUUGGCAAAGAUAUAACGAAUACCCUCAAUAUCUUAAAAAGCUCAAAAAGAGAAGUCGUCAAAAGGCCAAAAAGGCAUUGAAAUCAUCCUAG